UCCACUCUACUCCAGUCAGGCUCCUGCCUUUCAGCCGGCUGCAGCUAAUGAGCCUUUGUGUGGCCAAAGAGAGAGAGAGAGUGAGAGAGAGAGGGGGGAACACAGAGGUAGUUAAAGUGAGAAAAUCUGUCAUCUUGCAACAAUAAAGCAUAUGGUACCGACUGUGCAGACUGAGCUGGAAAAUUACAAGUCUCUCUCACACUCCUGCAACCCCUUUUUUUCUUCUUCUCAUGCCCGUGGAGCUCGGGGGUCGCUGCAAGUCAGUGGACUGAAACAAAAUGGGAACCUCUUCAUUCAUCAUGUCUCACCUUUUUGUUGAAUUGCUGCAUUUAUGAUUGUGCGGCUGUGCUGCCGUGAGAGGAGGUGAAAGGAGGGACAGCCUGCCAGUGGAUACAGGUGCAGAUGCGGCGGGCCAUGAGCGGAAUACUGAAGAGGAAAUUUGAGGAGGUGGAAGCCACCUCCUCCCCGUGCUCUUCCCUGCGGGAGUCUGAUGAGGAGGUCUCCUGCAGUGAGAGUGGGGAUAGCAGUGACAGUGUCAACCCCUCGGCCUCGGGCCCUUUCACUCCUGAUUCAAUAUUAAAGAGAGAGAAGCGCCUGCGGACGAGGAGGGUGCAUUUUGAGAACGUGACCGUUUACUACUUCGGCCGGCGGCAGGGCUUCACCAGCGUGCCCAGCCAGGGUGGCAGCACACUGGGCAUGUCCAACCGGCACACCUGGAUCAGGCAGUACUCCCUGGGCGAAUUUGCCCUGGAACAGGAGAGGAUCCACAGAGACAUGCUCAGAGACCACCUGAAGGAGGAGAAACUCAACACAAUCAAACUCAAGCUGACUAAGAACGGCACAGUGGAGUCUGAGGAGGCCAACACGCUCACGGCAGAGGACAUUUCUGACGACGACAUUGACCUGGACAACACGGAGGUCGACGAGUACUUCUUCCUGCAGCCGCUUACCACUAAAAAGCGCCGGGCACUGCUGCGCUCCUCGGGGGUAAGGAAGAUUGACGUGGAGGAGAAGCAUGAACUGCGGUCCAUCCGCAUGUCCAGAGAGGACUGUGGCUGUGAUUGCAGAGUCUUCUGUGACCCUGAGACCUGUGCCUGCAGCAUCGCGGGGAUCAAGUGCCAGGUGGACCGCAUGUCAUUUCCAUGCGGGUGCACAAAAGAAGGCUGCAGCAAUGCAACCGGGAGAGUGGAGUUUAAUCCCAUCCGCGUUCGGACCCAUUUCUUGCACACUAUAAUGAAGCUAGAAUUGGAGAAGAGUCGCGAGCAACAGCAGGCAUCCCCCACUAAUGGUUACCGCAGUGAAACUAACGACCUGGGAGGCGUAAAUCCUCUCGUUCAGCCCCAGCACAGGCUGGAAUACUCUCUGUCAGACGCUGGGCCGCAGACGGCCAGCAUGCACCUGCAGAACGCAGACGAGAUGGAGGAGCCGCCCGAUGACGAGGAGGAGGACGACGAAGACGAGGAGGAGGAAAACGAAGAAGAUGAGGACGACGAGGAGGACAGUAGCAGCGUUUGCAGCGGCCUGUCCGACUCCAGCACACAGAGCUUAGCCAACAGCGACUCCGAGGACGAGGAGGAUGAGGACGAAGAGAAGUCUGAGAACUUUGAGGACGACAUGACGACCCCGCCGGUGUCGCACACCGAGGUGGUCCCUCUGUCCUCUGUGCUGUGCUACAGUGAUGCUUCUGUGGCACACGACAACCACAUGAAUGGAAAUACUUAUCGCAUGAACUCUUCCUCGGCCGAUCACUAUCAGCUGGGGAACUCCAGUGCCGUAUCCAGUGGCCAACCCAGUGAACCCUACGGGGAAGCCUUAGCAUUCCAAGAUCCAGUCAGCGUGAGCAACGGCAGCGCGGCCCAAGGACCCUUCAACUUGACAGCUGAGCAGUACGCGGACUACCCCAGUCAGGCGGCGGACCAAUACACCGCUAAUCACCAUUUCACUCUGACCAAUGGCGCUCCAGCCGCCCCUCUGACCGGCUACACGCCUGAUCCGGAGAAGAAGGCGCCGUCCAAAGCGACGUUUGUGGAGCAGCCUGACAACCAGAACCAGACACAGUUCCAAAACUACCUGAACAAUAACAGCCAGACGCAGAGUUCCUACAGCGGUCGCAGCUCGCGCAUGGCAGCCGAACAGCCACAGCAAGGGUCCAGUGUGAACGGGCAUUCCGACCUGACCUUACUAGCGAACAGUACUAAGAACCUACCUUUACCAGACCAUUUCCCCGAGGUCGCAGCCAUUUAGUGAGCCACGUGUUCUUUCAUUAUUGCGUCUUUACUGGAGCCUGACCAAGUGGUAUUUUAAGGGAACAUAAUCAUGGCCUUUUUUUCUUCUUUUUUUGAUUGACCUGACCUUAGAUUUCAAAGCAAUUUACAGCAACAUGGAACAUUAUCGCCUGUAACUAUAAAGCCAUAGGACGAUUGUAAGGGUUUUGAGGGACUAUUUGCUCCUGAAGGUUUCUACGCUACAGUGUGUUAUCUCCUGAAAAAUGGCAAGAUGAAAAAAAACACGUCAGAAUACCAGUUAUGUCAUGCUGUGCAAUGUAUCAUGUAAUUUCAGAUGUAAAGUUCUAGUUUCAAGCAGAUAUUGUACUGUAAAUGUUACUUUUCUAUGUCUACCGUAUGUGUCAAAUGUGCAAAAAAAAGGUUUACUGUCAGUUUAUUUAUGGUUUAUGGAUUAUGUGCAUACUUAUAUAUUGUAAAUGUUUUGAUAACAAUGUGCAUGCUGUUUUCGGAAUCUCUGUGACACUUGAGGGAGGCGAUUGUUUUAUUGUUUUAUAUAAAACAAUGUGUUGUAUACAUAGUGUACAUUUCUCUCCUUGUUUUUGUCACUAUCAUAUCUGCUUUUCUAUGGCUUUGAAAAGCAUGAAAAGGCCUGAGCUCUUAUUUGUAUGUUUGCAAUACAAUAUCAAUAGCAUCAAAUGUCACACAUAAUCCAAAUCCAUUCACAGCCUUUUGCACUUACGUGUGGGCAUGCCGUUGGUUUUUACUGAUAAAUACUUGGACGGUUGAAAACUAUGGCCCCUCAUGUGACCCCCCCCCCCCCUCUUACAAUGACACGAUCAGCAAGUGUCACUACAAAUGGAGAUUUAUUCUAUGAAGCAUUUAAUUGAUGCAGGGAUAUUAAUGAAGUAGCACUUUGACAUAUCUCUCUAUGAUUAAUCAUAGGCAACAGGACACCAUAGGCUUGAUUUGAAGAGCAACAGUAAGAAGUCAGAAUAUUAAUCAAGAAUUAUGUGUCAGCAUUUCAUAUGAAUUAAGUGGUUAUGAUAUUUCUGUUUUUGAACGUUGUAUGAGCUAUAUUGCACUUUCUAACAACUGAGAUGUUUAUUCAUGUGGAUCCAUUAAUGAUGUUGAUUUGUUCUUUUGAAUUGUUAAGUGCAAUAGUUUUGAGGGUUUCUAACAGACUUUUGGAGAAUAUCAUCUGUAAAGUUGGAAUGAGAUUGCUUUUACAUUUACUUGCAUUGGUUUAAAAAAAACGCCACAGUUUUAAUAAUUGUACAUGGGCGAAAUGUGUUCAAGGUUGACAAUCAAAGCUUAUUAUUAAAAACACGAUUCAUAUCAGUAAUGAACAGCAACACAAUAUGACUCCUGAGUCCUAUGAGCCAUUGAAAACGACAGCCAGAUAUCAAAAAGUGUGUUCACCAAAAAUCCAUAAAUAAUCUUCUACCACAUUUAUAUAAGAAAUCACUGACAAAAAAAAGGAAAUUGAAGUCACAGUUCAACAAUUUGGAGACUGCAAUAAUUCGGUGGACAGUGAGAUGUUGCCGUCGUUCUCUACCUUGAGCUCUUUGCUCCUGCAUGAAUAAAGGUAUUUAUCCCUCUUCCAAGCUUGCAAAUAUCUGCCCACUCUUUAUAAUCUCACCGGUUAGUACUGACGUUCGGUCACGCCGCCUUGGUGGUGCAGAAGAAGUGUACAAACCGCUUUCAGGCAAUCAGUGGCAUCAACAUGGCCUAUUAGUACGGAUUCAUUGUGCCAAAGCGUACAGCGUGUGAAGGCAAGAUACAAUGACACAGCUGUGUCAAUUAAGAAUCCUGUGUUUUCAUUUUAUUUUCCAGUAUUUAUUAUGAAUGAUAUAUUGAAAUGUGUAUUUAUUGUGGUUUUACUAAAAGUAUGUAUCGAGUAAAUUGCUUCACUAUCUUAAACUUGUAUUUUUGUUUCAUGCUGGCUGUGAGUUGUAAAGCUUUAUGUGCCUGAUUCAUUUGAGUUCAAUUUCAUAUUCUGUGAAAUGCAUACGUUUUGCACAAAAUGGUCUACGAAUUGUUUUUCAAUGUGUUUGUUUUUCCAAGUGUAGAAGAAGACAGCUUCAUUUGACAUGAUUUUGACAUAUGUUUAAUUAAAAUUGCUCUUUUGAUCUGAA